GUGCUCUGUGUCCCUUGGACACAGCGGAUCACUGAUCACGGAAAGAGCCGAAGAUGUCGUCUCGGUCAUGUGAUCAGCUGUGUCCAAUCACAGCUGAUCACAUGGGACAUGUACACUGAUCAUCAGGGCACUGAUGAUCAGUGUGCCCUGAUGAUCAGUGUGGCCCCAGCAGUGCCACCUGUCAGUGCCUUGUGUCAGUGCCUGGUGCCAGUGCCCAUCAGUGCCACAUAUCAGUACCUACCAGUGCACAUCAAUGCCACAUAGUCAGUGCCCAUCUGAGCUGCCUUUCAGUGUCACCCAUCAGUGCCAGUCAGUGCCACCUAUCAAUGCCAAUCAGUGCCAAUCAGUGCCCUAUCAGUGUGCAUCAGUGCCGCCUAACAGUG